UGGGAAAUCAAAAUACUUUUAUUUGUGAUUUCCGUACAAAAGGAAUCUUGCGAGAUUGUGUCACAAAUCGAUUCUGCUAAUGGCAAACCAACCAAUCACCUCGCUUCUUCCUCGCACGUCUCAGACCUACACCCAAAACCCUAAUUUUCUCCCUGCCUAGUGGCCUUCGCACUUCACGCGCACCGUUCAUAGACAGGGUAAGAAAUUCAUUGUUCGAUUGGAAUUUCUUAAAUGUAAACCUGUAUAUGGAUCAUUGCAAUCAUCGUUUCAAAUGUUCGAUCUUCGUAUAGAGCGAUAAAACCGAUGAUGAGACCCGACUUUUCAUCUCCGGGCUCCGUCGUCGCUGGGUGCACCGUAUGCGGCAAUUGCGGGGCGGCGGAGCGUCUUAUUCUUCACGGUAUCCGCCUCCGGGGCAACAUCCGUAAGCUCUGCACUACCUGUGUCCUGAGACUCCACCCUCAAUACUUCUGCCCUACCUGCUUCACCGUCUCUCACCCGUCCCCACCGCGGUCAUCCCAAAACGACGCCGUCUGCUGCUCCAAGUGUUACUCCGUGUCCCAUACCCAGUGUGUGGGACACACCCCGCCCAAUCCUUACGUAUGCCCCCUCUGCGUCUCCCCCAACUCCCCAAUAUUCACCCUUAGAAAAGCCACUAAUGUGGAUGGCAAGAGUGGGGAGACUUGCAGGGUCAUUGACAAAAGUGCAGCUAGAGUUUUGCUGGCUGCUGCUAGGAUUGCCGCUACUUUGAUGAGCGGUGCUGCUGCUUCUUUAAGAAUGGAGGCAGAGAAGAAGGCGAAGGAAGCCGCAUUUUCUAGGAAACGGGCCAGGGAAGCAUUAGAACAUGUGUCCUAUCUAGCGGCAAAGGAGAAGUUGAUGAGGAAUGAGGUUUUGUUAGCUAAGAGGGGGGGUAUAGGCGGCAUUGCAAGCAAUAGUGUGAUGGUGAAUAAUCAUAGGGAAUAUAUGGACAGGGCGGAUACAUCUAUUGACGUUUUGGCAGCUUUGAAUAAGGAUCUGGCGGGAGUGCAACUUCCAAACAACAUUGUUCCCAUGGUUGUGGAGGAGAAUGGGGGGUUUUCUGUGGGACUGGACACCCACACUGGGCUUUCAAUUGUUCAGAAUCUUGAUGAGAGUCAUCAGAAUGGAAUGCCAGAAAAUUUGGCUGAAUUUACUAUUACUAAUAGUCAAGAAUUGAGAAUAAACAGUGGGGUUGCUAUUACUAAUGGUCAAGAGUUGAGAAUAAACAGUGGGGUUGCCUCUUUCCCUGCUGCUGUGGAUCAAGAUCAGCAAACAAACCUGAUUCUUUCUGGGGAGCAGAAUAACGGUGUUAAACUAGGCUUGCUUUUUAAAAGGAUGCUGGUUUUUAUUUUUUGAUCUCGAUGUGAAUGAGGAAGUGCAUAAAUUUUUGGAGUUCGUUUUGCUAGAUAAAGGAUAAUUUGCUCGGAUUAUAGCUUUUGUUUUAUGUUAAAGGGUAGUUCUGUGUAGAAAAUGCCAAGAACUUGUGAUGUAUUUAUGUAGUUAUGAUGUAUGUAUUAUAAUAUUAUAUUUCUAGAUGCAUUUCAUUCUCACCCUCUACUGGAGUCCUGAAACAACUUCAAAUUUUUCAUCAAUUAAUCCCCUCCAGAAAGUACUAAUUUCCAAUUAUUUGGAAUUGCA